GGAUUUUCGACGCGGGCGCGAGUGCAUGUCGUCGCCAGCGAGCUAAACUAGCAGCACGAAUGCCGCCGUUAUCGGGUCGCAAGAGAAAGAAUCUCUCUAACCUUGCAAAGAGGAACAGGAGUUCCCCUGGAGUUAUCACUGAGCAAGACUCGGAGAAUACACCUCUUUUAGAUGUCCCGGAAAUGGCGGCUGAGCCCGAGCAUGCCGGAUCUGUAGAGUACGACUCGGAGCAGCAUCUGCAGAAGGCUCAGCAAGCAUCCAUGCGGCUCUCGCAGACAUUUGCGGAGAUAUCACGGCCUACCUGGGCUAUGCCACCGAAUCCGGCGACUGUACCUGGACCGACUCCGACAGCAGUGGGCGAGUACCAGGAGUCCGUGUCGAGCAGUCCUCGUACAGGCCCGGAGUCUCCUAGUGUGCUGCAUGACAUGCAGAACACCGUGGAUUCCGAGUCAGACCAUAAUACAUUCAAAUUUCGGUACACACCUCCUCCCGAUUUGGAAUCUGCGCAUGCUGCCCUCGACGACCUCGAGUUCCUGUUACGACCGCCUCGCGCGAAUGGCAUUGGCACGAAGCCCUUCAAGGGUGAUGACCUGCUCAGGGAUCGCAUGACCAUGAUGUGCUCGCUGUUUUGGUGCUAUGCGAAGAUGCCACUCCCUGGGUGGAUCAAGGCAUCCGAGACUGUGGCACAUGUGAAUCGGGGUGGCCCGUACCUUGCGAGAUGCCUCCGCGGUUGGUGCCAGGCAUUCAUUGCCGAUCGCCACGACCUGCCGUUCAACCCCUAUGGUACCUGGAACAAGUCAAUCCUCGAGACGAAUGACGAGCUCAAACAGGAGAUCGAGGCGCACCUUCAAAGUGUUGGGAAGUACGUUUGCGCAGCCGACAUUGUCCAGUACAUGGCAAGACAAGAUGUACACGAGCGGCAUGGAUUGGAGAAGGGCGUCUGCCUGUCGACAGCUCAUGAAUGGAUGCGGGCGCUGGAGUAUCGAUGGACUCGGACACCACGCGGUCAGUUCAUUGAUGGGCACGAGCGCGAUGAUGUGGUGGCCUACCGUCAGGGGACCUUCCUUCCCGAAAUGCUCAAGCAUGAGCAGAAUCUUCGCCAGUGGAAGGCGGAUGGCACGGAGGAAUCCCGUGUUCCAGGCCGGACAUCCGAGUCACUGGAAGUGGUCAUCGGAGUCACGUCGCUCGACUUAUUGCUCGACUUCACAAACAUGUGGUUUGGCGAUCAGUCAACGUUCUACGCCAACGACCGCCGUGAAUUGCGAUGGGUAAAGACGUCAGAAAAAGCGAAGCCACGACCGAAAGGGGAAGGAGCUUCCCUCAUGGUGGGCGAUUUCGUCUCGGCCGACUAUGGAUUCUUGCAAUCCAAGGAUGGCAGUCUGUCUGUCCGGACACUUUUCAAGGCAGGCAAAAACCGGGAUGGGUAUUUCCAGUCGAAUGACGUGCUCGAUCAACUCACCCUGGCGAUGGAUAUUCUCGACAAGGACUACCCCUGCGAAAAGCACGUCUUUGUCAUCGACAAUGCCCCGACUCACCUUAAACGCGCCGACAAUGCUCUCUCCGCGCGUAAAAUGCCCAAGGGCCCAUCGAAAAACUUUGCAGUCGUCGCAAAUGUCAUUGGACCGAAUGGGAAGGUGAUGCAUGGCCCGGACGGAAAAAUCCUGAAGCACAAGAUCCGCAUGGGUGAUGCGCGCUUCAGCGAUGGUCGUCCUCAGUCGUUAUAUUUCCCUGAUGGGCACGAACGAGCUGGGGAGUUCAAAGGAAUGGCACAGAUACUCAAGGAGCGUGGCCACAAGGACAUUGAUGGUCUUCGGGCUGAAUAUAGAUCAUGUGACUCUGGAGAGACGCUGAGAGUCGUCGAGGAUGAGCUGGGGCUAUCUUAG